AUGAGAAAUUUCGUGGAAGAGUUUAUUACUCCCAUCGUCAAGGCAAGUAAAGGAAAGGAAGAACUAUCAUUCUUCUCUAUUCCUGAAUAUAAUGAGUGGAGAAACAAUACAGAAAACUGGAAAACGUUCAAGAUCAAGUACUACAAAGGAUUGGGUACUUCAACCUCGAAAGAGGCAAAGGAGUACUUCUCCGACAUGGUACGCCAUCGUAUCCGCUUCAAGUAUGGUGGAGCAGAAGACGAUACCGCGGUCGAUAUGGCGUUUUCCAAGAAGAAGAUUGAGGAGCGAAAGGAUUGGCUGACAAAAUGGAUGGCAGAGAAGAAAGAACGUCGUACUAGAGGACUGGAAGAAGAUCUUGUUGAUGGCUUCAAACCUGGUCAGAGAAAGGUCAUUUUCGCGUGCUUCAAGCGUGCUGACAAGCGCGAAGUGAAAGUUGCCCAACUGGCCGGAGCUGUUGGUGAACUGUCCGCCUACCAUCAUGGAGAAGCAUCGCUGAUGGGUACCAUUAUCAACUUGGCCCAGGAUUUUGUUGGAUCGAACAACAUAAACUUACUGCUUCCCAUUGGUCAGUUUGGUACACGAUUACAAGGAGGAAAGGACAGUGCCUCUCCUCGUUAUAUUUUCACGCAGCUCAAUCCUGUCUCUCGAACAAUUUUCCCCGUGUUCGAUGACCAUAUCCUUCGCUUCCUCUUUGAGGAAAAUCAGAGAAUUGAACCUGAGUGGUAUUGCCCCAUCAUACCAAUGGUAUUGGUCAAUGGAGCUUCAGGUAUUGGUACGGGAUGGUCGACAUCCAUACCCAACUACAAUCCUAGGGAGAUCUGUGAAAAUAUUCGUAAACUAAUCAGAGGAGAGCAGCCGAAGCCAAUGGUCCCAUGGUUCAAAGGUUUCCGCGGUACCAUCGAGAAGCUUGAUUCAACCAGAUUUGUGUGCUCUGGUGAAGUUGCUGUGCUUGGCGAUGACGUCAUUGAAAUCACAGAGCUUCCCAUCAAAACUUGGACCCAGACUUAUAAAGAAUCUGUCCUGGAGCCUAUGCUUGACUCUAGUGAUAAGAAGACA